CUACAAGCUCUGGUUGUCAACGAACGAAACAAUAUGAAACUCGUAUUGAACAAACAAACUGAACGAAAAUUCCGAUACUCCACCGGUGUCAGUUUCGUUACCUAUUUCUUGUUCCAUCCGCAGUCGCAGAAAUGUCCGUGUUGGAUCACCAGUAUGGGUCGACCGUCCGCCACACGAUUGUGGCUAGGGCCAACCAGCCGAUGGUUACCCGCACAUUGAGACUGAACUCCAGCAUAGUUCCGAAUUUGACCACCCCACUGAAGGCGAAGUCGACGGAGGUGAAGGCUCAGCUCAUGCAAAAGGAGCGAUCUUCCAGCACCGGGAUGAGUGGCUUCUCCACGCUGACCUCUCGCGACGGGCUGAAGGGCAAGGACUACUGGAACGCGGCCAUCGAGGAUGUGGAGUUCGCCGCCGCCUGUCGCUUCCAGCCGCGCAUCCCUGUUAUCGACUACUCCCUGGUGCUGCCACCAAAACUUCGCGAAAGGGUCAAGCGCAUCCAGAACUACGACUAUUCCAAGUCCGAUGACGACAUCUACAUUCGGGACGAGAUGCAGGAGUUGCGGCCCGAGGACUACAUGAGCGCCAGUAGCUCCGAGAAAAGCGAGGAAGAGGAGGAACCGGUGCUCCUCGAUAUUGGACGCAAAAAAGUGGAGGAGUACUUCAACGAGAGCGAUCACUCGGAUAUUGUGCGCAUGGAGCACGAGUUUGAAAAGUUCGAUCUAAAGUUGGACGAACCAGUGGGUCAUACCCAUCGCAAAGUAGAUAAAACCAGUUGGUAUGCCAAGUUCCUUUGUGCCCCGCGUGAUAAAAGGGUCAGCUGGCAGAGCCGCGUCGAACAUCCCGGCCAGAACUACUCCAUGGUGACGCUGGACGAGCAGGCCGAGAAUCUCAUGGAUGCGUCUGCGGAACGCUUUGUCGAGUGGUUAAAUUCUUUUGGAACCUUGGAAAGCAACCUGACUCCUGAGAAGGUCAAGAACCUCUUCUCCAUCAAAGGCGAUCGCACUUUGCUGGCCUCUGUUAAGACAGAUCCCAAAGAGGUUAAUGCCAUAGCCCAGACGGUUGCCGACAAAUGGAACAAACCACAUAUGGCCAUUGAGCUGAAGUACGAGAAGCAUAUCAACGAUCACGCUUCCCGCGUUAACCAGAAACCCAUGCUUAGUGCCUUUGGACGCACUGUGCCCCUGAAGGAUCGCCCCUGGCUGAAGCGAUCGAAUGACACCGCCAUCAAGACCGUUUAUCCGGAGGAGCUGCUGACCCGCGAGAAGAUCUUUAAGGGCAUCACCCACCUGCGCAGCACCACUGCCCUGAUUGACUUCUAUUUGACCCAUCCGGAGCUGGAACGACCGCAGUAUCUGCUGCAGAGCGGCGACUUCGAGGAGUCCAGUGCCAGUGUAUCUGAGGUGGAGAUUCCCCUCUACGAACUCCUGGGAUUGCGUUAUUAACCCUAAGUUCACCAAAUAUGAUCACCCCUCAAAUUGUCAGUUGACGAUAGUGAUUUAAACUUCUAUUUUCGGAAUCUACGAUUUUAAUGAAUAAAAAAACAUGCCAAUUUAUUUGAUUAGUAAAAAAAUGUA